CUUGACUACUGUAUACGGUAAGACGAACUAGGUAAUACGCUCAUAAUUAUUUCACUGAUGAACGGCAAAAGGGGUUACAAUCGUUAGUGAGUUAAAUAAAAACUUAUGACGAGGGCAGUGUAAAAAUACAAUUUGCUAAUUGUUGAAAAUAUAAAUACCGAUCCCCAAAGAUUAACUUCUGAAGUCUCAUUUUUUUCGUCUUACCUUAAUCUCUUUAACCACCAUCAUAUCUUUGACCGUGUUGAUCAUAUGGUGUCAUACCUCAACAAAUCUCACCUCAUCAUCUUGUAGUAUUCAAGUAUGCAGAGCAUGUCCCUUGAUGUACAACAACUUAAAAUGUCUAUCUAAUCAAAAUAUUGUUGAGUCACUUGAUACUAUUUCUAUGAUCUGAGCUCAACAGGUUUGGCGAUUAUUAUAAUUUUUGCUACAAAUCGCUUAUAAGUAUCAACUAGUUUAAUAUAUAAUGCUUAAUUCAGAUGUGCUAUUCCGAGUGUAAACUUUGAGGACCUGAUAAAUUAACAAUUAAAAUUUAUUUAUUUAUAUGAACACAAAUAUUUGUACAAAGGGGCACCAAAUGCAUAUGUGCCACACAAUAACAAUGAGAACGUGAAGAGAUAGAGUGUAAAGUGCGUAUAAUAAAAGGAGAACAAUAACAAGCAGGAAAUAGUGUGUGAAAAUGGAAUAAUAACAGUAGGAGAGGCAGUGCAGUUAGCGAAAAUAUAACCAAAAAGCUUCCAUUCAAAGAAUUUAAGUUCAUUUUUUUAUGAAGAAAGUAAAAUAAAGUUGCAACAGGGUCACCACUGGCUUCUAUUCCGAGCCAUAUCUGAUAACGUCUCUAGCCACUGUGUCCUUCCAUCUCUAGGACCCCAACCAGGGGGUCGUGAAAGAUCGACAGAAGCCAGACCUUAACAACGGCACUAAGUUAUACACUGACCAACUCUCCGCUUUUCCCAACCAGUCUCAGCGUCGCCAAAUAAUGCACGAUAUGGAAUUCUGCGGGACGACAUUCGUAGCACAUGUCCAAGCCACCGAAGUCGGUAUUUCAAGAUAGUGACAUCAAUUGAAUUACCGUCGCUUUGCCAGAACAGACGAUGCCAAACCUUUGCAUUAUUAACAUGAUGUUGCCACUGGGUGUCAGCAAUCCGUCGGUUACAACGAUGAUCAGACACAGAGAGUCGUCUAACACCGUAAACUCGGAGAGGCUAGUAUUCACAAACAUAGAGCAAAACUGCUCUUACCGACGCGUUGUAGAUCUGACCUUUUACAGCCAGACUAACAUCACGAAGGCGCCAAAGAUGGCCCAGAUUAUCACAAGCCUCUCUGGUUUUCACUAUACGUGAAUCGACCUCAUCACUAACGCCAAUACCAGCACUUAAAAAGAACUGUAUAUUCAUGUGUCGUGCUCGACUCACAAACUAGUUAGUUUUUCGCAUCCUUAUUUCUUUACCGGGGUUAAACUCGAAACUUUGGUAAAAAUUGUUUGAGAUGCUGGACGGUGUUGAGUCUUAUUGAAGCACUUUUGGCUUCAGCGCAUAUAAAAGCUUUUCUAAACAAAAACUACCAACACAUUACUCGUUAAUUAUUCUGAUUUAGUUGACAGGUUCGUGUACCCAACAUAAAGUGGCGCACGAUUGCUGACAUAGCGUCAGGUUACAAGUUCAUCGAAACGGGGUUUAAAACUGGGACCUAGUGGUUGGAAUGCAAGCAACCUACUAUAUGAGCAACCGUAUUACAGCAUCAUACGCCAAGACUCGUUUGAAGCAGCCGGCUAAGUAAGAGUUCCAAUGGCGAAGACACUUUCGAUUUUGCACCCAGGAUAUCGUAAUUUUUUCAAGUUAUUCACUGGAUUGCUACUAAUGGUUAAGAUGUAUUUGAAUCUCAGUAACUGUGUUAAAAGUAGUCGGAAACCUGCCAUCCAGUCUUACUACGUGUAACACUUCUGAUGGCUUGAUUAACAGAAAUGUCGUUCCGGUCAAUUGUGCCUCCGCCCGACUUUUUAUCAAAAGCCGAGUUCAACAGACCUUGUGGUCGGUCACCAAAUAAAAUCUCUACUCUGCUAACUAAUGUGCAGCGAAGAAAUGUUCAAACACUUGCUCCAACAGAAUCUAAAGACCUAACAUUUUUUCAAAUGGCUGCUCAGGGUGAGCUGUUGUUGCUUCAAAGGGAAAUAGAAAGUCGAAACUUCAAUAUAGAUGUCCCAGAUAAUCAGUUCAAAUUAAAAGGUACAGUAUUCUGGCCACCACAGUUUAGUGAAAUCAUAAAAGAGAUUUUGACGGAGUUAUUAAGUGGAUUAUUUUACAUUCGUUUUGAUAUUAUGGCUUAUGUACCAAGAGCCUAUAUAUAUACUUUAUCAACAAUAUGUAGUAUUGUUGCCAAUGUUGAUUUGGACACGCUAUGCGACCAACAAACCAAGCAAAAGAUUUUUCCAAUGAGUCGCUUUACACGCGUUCUAAGUUCAAUCAGCUUUUAUUACAGUUAUGCAUAUACUUGCACAUACUUACUAUUUUUUCCAGCAAGUGUUUUGAAAAAGUUUGGUACCGUUUCCCUUGAUUUUGGUAUACUUAGAUUAUUUCAUAUGCCUAGAAUUUGACUACUAUCAUCCAUUCAGUGGAUUUAAAACUCGAUUCAAAUGACAGUUUUAAGUUACAUUUCACGAUAACAUUUACAUGGUGUAUUUAGUUUACAAUCAUAUAACGGAUAAGUGCUUGUUAGAUCUACUUUUGUGUACACAUUUCAUAGGUUUUCUGGGGUUUUAGCCGCGGGUUCUUAUAAAUUGACAUGAAGUCUUGAUCAACAACAAAACACCAGUACUUUCGACACAUACUGAACCUCAACCGUAUAAGAGAUUACUGUGGAAUUCAGACGUUCUUUUGGUGGUUUGGCUUUGAGGCCGGGAGUUCCAAAUUGCAGAAUUGGUAUAAUAGUUGCUCAUUUUAAUCCCUUAGUAGGGAUAUGUUUUGACAAUCCAAGUCGACAAUAUUGCAUUUCAAUCGAAAUAGAUGCAUGGAGUGAGAUGAAGAAGUUGUCGCCACUAGAAGUAUAUAUAUGACAAGGUAGGAGUUCAUGAGAAAUAAAGCUAGACACCGACGACACGACAAUUCAAACCAUUUAAAAUUGAAUUAACUAUAUGAGAUAUUUUAAAGAUUCAACAUGGUGGAAAAAACGAAGUAUAUUAUUUCACCAGUAAAAUUAAUCAUUGAUUCACUUUACAAUCGUGCACGUAUUUAUGAUUACUUCUAUCAGUAAAAUAAAUUUUUUGCCCUUGAUAAUAAAUUUAUAAAACAUCUUGUUUACACAACUAAUACUUAUGCUGAGCAUUAAAAAAACAACGCAAAACGAAU